CCGAUCCUUGGUUUUUCGGUAUAAAUAUUGGACCUUUCGGUGUUGCAAACGUCAGACACAGCCGAGUGCUCAAAGUCAAAGAACUAAAUUCAAAAUGCGUGCCUUUAUUGUUUUGUGCUUGGUGGCAGUCGCCUGCGCCGAUAAGCUCGGCUACAACUACCAGCCCGUGGGACACUCCAGCUCCGGACUGUCCUUUGCCCCAGGAAGCGGUGGCUCCAUUGGAGGAGGAUCCAUUGGCUCCAUUGGAGGAGGUUCCAUUGGCUCCAUUGGAGGAGGAUCCAUUGGUGGUGGCUCCAUUGGAGCCAGCAUUGGCAGCGGUGCCGGUCUGGGUGGUCUGAGCAGCAUUGGAGGUGGCUCCAUCGGCUCCAUUGGCGGUGGUGAGGCUCUGAGUGCCCCCGUCUCCUACAGCGCCCCUGCCCCCGUUGCCGAGCUGGAGAAGGAGUUCUUCACCUUCACCGCCAACGAGCAGGACUUCGAUGAGCCCCAGCAGCUGGAGAAGGUUUCCUCUGCCCUGAACAAGGCUCUCCGCGUUGUCUUCAUCAAGGGACCCGAGAACCGUGGCCUGGAGAACGCCGCCCUGGCUCUGGCCAAGCAGGCUGCCCAGCAGGAGACCGCCAUCUAUGUGCUGAACAAGCAGGCUGACAUUGGUGAUCUGGCCAACAAGCUGAACGCCAUCCGCAGCAACAACAACAACAAGCCCGAGGUGCACUUCGUGAAGUACAGGACCCAGGAGGAUGCCGCCAAUGCCCAGCGCGCCAUCCAGGGUCAGUACGACCAGCUGGGAGGAUCCAGCCAGGCCCACAACGGUGGUGUCGCCCCCGUCCUGAACUUCGCCUCCGCCGGUCCAGUGCGUCAGGCCACCGCCCAGAACCCCGACAACUCCUACCUGCCCUCCUCCGUCUUCCGUCGCGUCUAAGUCGCUCGUUUUUACUCCUUAGGGUAGCAAAAAACACAAAAACGCCAGCGAUCUUUGACUGACUUAAAUCCUAGUUAUUGUUGACUAAUGCUUAAAUAAAUUCAAUUCUUAAAUUUUAAACCAA